AUUUCCUGGUAUUUUUUGGUUUCUCUUUGUGCGGUCACACCAAUGGAGCGUUUUGGCGCAUUUUGAGCUUGUAUUUGUGCCGAAAAGUAAAAACAACAAAUUUUCAACAAAAUUUGCAAUGUCGACGCUGGAGUUGUGCGAAAAAUUCUUUGGGACUCGAGAUGUGUACAAGCUGCUGGACCUGAAGAAGACGGCCAGCGAGAAGGAGGUGAAGAAAGCCUAUCACAAGCUCUCGCUGCUGGUCCAUCCAGACCGAGUGCCCGAGGACCAGAAGGAGGAGGCCACCGAGAAGUUCAAGGUGCUGUCCAAGCUGUACCAGGUGCUGACGGACACCCAGAAGCGCGCCCUCUACGAUGAGCAGGGUCUCAUAGAUGACGACGAUGGGGUCGAGAACAAGCUGUCCUCGUGGCUGGACCUAUGGAGCAAGAUAUUCAAGCCCAUCAGUGAGGAGGACAUCAACAACUUUGAGAAGGAUUACAUCGACUCAGAGAUGGAGCGCAGGGACAUCACAAAGGCCUAUCUGGGGGGCAAGGGCUGCAUAAACUACUUGAUGAAUCACAUACCUUUCAUGAAGGUGGAGGACGAGCCGCGCAUUAAGAAGAUCGUCGAGGGGAUGAUUGCAGCCGGUGAAGUGCCAGAGUACAAAAUCUUCACCGAAGAGCCUGCCGCCAAGCGAAAGAAGCGUCACCAGAAGUACGCCCGUGAGUCCAAGGAGGCCGAGGUCAUUAAGCAGCGCAUUCAGCGGCAAAAGAAGGAGAAGGACGAACAGGAUCUGGCGGCCAACGGUGGCGACCUGCAACAAAUGAUUCUGGCGCGUCGCAAUCAGCGUGAAUCCAACUUCGGCACACUUAUGGACCGCCUGAUAGAGAAGUACGGUGACGAGGAUGACUCCGAUACUGUCGACUUCAGCUCCUUCGAAACUAAGAAGAAGAAGCCAAAGAAGACCACCAAGCAAACGCCUAAAAAGAAGCUGAGUGGAGUCAAGACUGGCAGGGUGGACAAGGCUAAGCACUAGAGCCAACCUCUACUACUAUCGUAUAGUCACCUAAAUUUUUGUAUUUUGUAGUUAUAGUUUUAAUUACUCAUAUGUAUUUAUCCAUGUACGAAUAUUUUGCAUAAAUGAUGCACAAGAGAG